AUGGCGGCAAGGUGGUCUGGUCCAAAGGGAGGAGAAGAGUAAAGAGAACAUCAGAGGAGACAUCACUGGAUGUAAGAGAAUGAAUAAUUUCAAGUACGUCUUUAUUACUGCACUUCUCACCAUCAUUGAGCAAUGCAAGGCCCAAUCUUGUGUGGUUGAUACUCUAAAAGUGAAAGAAGACUUUGAUGUGAAAAGGUAUGGAGGAAAAUGGUAUGCCGUUGGAAAAAAAGAACCAGAAGGCCUCUUCCUUCAGGAUAACAUCUCUGCUGAGUAUACAGUAGAUGAAGAUGGUACAAUGACUGCAUCUUCAAAAGGCAGAGUUAAGCUUUUUGGGUUUUGGCUUAUCUGUGCAGAUAUGGCUGCUCAGUAUUCAGUACCAGACCCAACCACACCAGCCAAAAUGUAUAUGACCUACCAGGGACUGGCUAGCUACUUAUCAAGUGGAGGUGACAACUACUGGGUGAUUGACACAGACUAUGACAACUAUGCUGUCACUUAUGCUUGCCGCAGUCUUAAAGACGAUGGAACAUGUCAUGAUGGCUAUUCUAUUAUAUUCUCACGCAACCCACGUGGAUUUUCUCCAGCUAUUACAAGGCUUGUGCGCCAGAAACAAGAGGAAAUCUGCUUGGCUGGACAGUUUCAACCUGUUCUCCAGUCUGGAGCUUGCUAAAAUAUAACAUAAUUUCGAGUAUGGAAGUGGCACAUCCUGACUGAGUAAACAAAGUAUCACAAGAUGCACAACUUUUUUUUAUUUAUUUUUAUUUCUUGGUGCAAUUAAAGUACAUGUUUAAAUGUCAUCAUUCUAGAAACUGUUAAACCUUGUGUCAUGUAAUGAAUGUAACAGGUCAUCCUUCAUGGUUUUCAUUAGUUUUAAGGCAUCAGCUCAUUUUUGUUAUUUUUCUAGAUCAGACUCUGUGCUAUAAAAAUAAAUCUAUAAUUUUUGUAAACUUAUUUCGUCAACGUUAUAUUGACUUAAUAUUUUUCAAGUCGUAAUAAACUGUUAUUUCAGAAUCUUUUGUCUAUUUGUAAUAAUGUUGUCUUUGGGUUCUAUUCUAGUGAAUACAUGGAGUUAAUACAUAUAUAUCACAAAGUAGAAAAAAAUUCCAUUGUAAAAUGUAGCCGUUAGGGCCAUUAAAUAUACAGUACCACUUCUGUGAAUUAUUCCUCCCUGGUCCCUGAAAUGUAAGUUUUCAAGAUGCUCUGUACAAAAUAGAUACUUAAAGGCUAUGUACACCUUUGGGGUUAUUUUUUUAUUAUUAUUGCAUUGUACUCAUUUUGAGCUAAAAUUUUUUUUUUAUAAAUUGGUCUUUAUAAAAAAUAUGGCUCCCUUUUUUUCUGUACAAGGCUGACAUGCUCUAAAAGCACCCUUUGGAUUUUCUGUCUUUUCGGUUAUCUGGGGAGCAGACAGACUCCUUAUCUCUGUUCUAUAACAUCCUAAGCACUCUUUAUAGCUCAGUUCUUAUUUUACUGAUAAGAAUGUGGGUUAACUAAGUGUUCUUGACCUCUUAGUAGUUUAGAGAAAAUGUUUAUUAGAUGACCGGCACAUAGAGAAAGUGAAAG